GCGCAGAUAGAGAAGACCGGGAAGGAGUUGCUCCUCACACAUAGACUCACGUGCGCGCACGCUUCAUCGCGCGUCGUGUUCGUGGGCGCUGUGAGCAUCCCCCCUGGGGGGCGGUGGGAGUCGAAAGGAAGAAGAGCAAGUACGCGUACGUCCAACAAGUGGCUCUCCGCCACGCUCAAGCACGCUGUCGCAGCGUGUGCGCGCUGCCGCACGCACGCACGCACCCUGGACUUUUCAUCAUUAUUGUUAUUUUCAAUGAAUGGAAAUAAGCGAGGCGAGAUUUUGCCUUGCUCCUGCUCCAUGGACUCGUUGCUGAUGCAGAUGCCGCUGCUGCUGAUGCGCUUCCCCGGUGGUCGCCGAGGCGAGUCGGGUUCCCGUCGCUAGAUUCCCACGCACCCCCUUUUUCUCACCUGGAUUCGCCGGGAAAGACUCGCAACCAUGCCGAUGCAUCCAGUCACCUCCACGCUCAUGUACAGGGGAAUGUGCACCAUCCCGGACAUUCUCUCCUACAGCGCCCCGGUCAACCUGCCCGAGGACGAGGUGGAAGAGAUCCGCGAGGCGUUCAAAGUGUUCGACCGCGAUGGGAAUGGUUUCAUCUCCAAACAAGAGCUGGGCAUGGCCAUGCGCUCUCUGGGGUACAUGCCCAACGAGGUCGAACUUGAGGUCAUCAUACAGAGGCUCGACAUGGACGGUGACGGGCAGGUGGACUUUGAGGAGUUCGUCACUCUGCUCGGUCCAAAGCUGACGGCGGCCUCCAUGCCAGACAAGUUCAAUGGAACCGACUUUGACUCGGUUUUCUGGAAGUGCGACAUGCAAAAGCUGACCGUAGAGGAGCUGAAACGUCUUCUUUACGACACCUUCUGCGACCAUCUGACCAUGAAGGACAUUGAGAACAUCAUCAUGACCGAGGAGAACCACAUCGACAACCCUGAUGACUGCCAACUGGAUAUCGACAGUUCUAGUCCAACACAGCAGGUCAAGCAGACAUGCGUGCGCAAGAGCCUGAUCUGCGCCUUCGCCAUCGCCUUCAUCAUCAGCGUAAUGCUGAUCGCCGCCAAUCAGGUGCUGCGCAGUGGCAUGAAGUAGUCAACAACUGCACGACAUAAACAACAUUUUUACAAGGAGCUGCUGUACAAAGACAAGUGGACCACAUAUCACUCCAACUCGUUGUCGUUGUCCGUGCGAGUCGUGACGUGUGUGUUUGGUGCGGAAUACAGUACAAAACAGAUGGAAAUUCAAGAUAGAGAGAGAAGUGUUCUGUCGAAGUUAGCAUAUUAACCUUGACAGUUGCUUAACUCAUUCACUGCCAUUGACUGCUUGCCUGACCCUCCCAGUUCAAACUAAUUGAAAUCUAUCUCCAUCAAUGGCAGUUAACGAGUCAAAAAUCCAGCAUCUAGCAAGGGUGAACUGACAAACUGAGACGACCUCAUCUAUGCAUGAUGUGCAUGGACUUCAGCGACUGUCUUUUUGUAUAGCUGCGUUUACAUCGUGAUCACACCGACUGUGUAUUAAAGCUAAACUGUGAGCCAGUGCGUGUAUGGGUGAGAGUAUGUGUGUUUGAAAAGGAAGGGCUGCUUUAUUGUGGACUUGUUACAAACUGGGGAAGGUCAGCGAAAAGUUAGAAGUGCGCACACGUGUGUGUUUGUGUUUGUGUGUGUGUCAGUAUGCGUCGUGAUGAAGCAAUAAACAAAAAUGGCGUCCUUUGGCGUUCCAACCACUGUUUUCAAAGAAGAAUAAAAACCAUCAAGUGAACAUUUUGGCAAUACAAACGGGUUGAGAAGCCCAAAAAAGUGGCAAUAGAUCACAAACACGUCUUUGAAUUGGAACUAAUUCAAAUUGGCUAAUAUGAGCUAGCAUCUGUUCAAAUGGGAUAACACGCGCUAACAUGUGAUAACAUGUGCUAACGUGUGCUACCUUCCGCUUACAGCGUAUCCCAAAAAGUUUCCGUUUUGCACUUUACAACACGCUGCAGCGUACAACAACAACAAUAAGAAGUGAGCGCCAUGAUUGUCCCACACAUACGUUGUGAUCAAUUAGUAAUAACCAGUUCAUUUAUUGCCUUAUUAAUUUCUUGAUAAAUGUAUGUAGAAAUUAAAACAAGAAGUGCGUUGACAGCGUGAAAGUUUUCAAAAUGUUUUCCUGUUUCCAAGUGGACGUACCGUUUUGCUGUCUUAAUGGCUGUGUGUUAGCGUUUGACUCUUUGUGUCCGUGGAACGUGUUGUUCUUUUCUCCUGAAAACCAAAUAAAACGUUUAACACCAACAUCA